GUCCGUUAAGUGCUGAUGUGGUAAACAGAAUUGCCUAAUCAGUCGGAUAUGACCCAACAAAAAUAAAACCCGACCCGCCACGUCAUUAUAACCCGCCACGUCAUUAAAACCAACCCAACCCAUGACCCAACCCUACCCAACCCUUCUUCCUCCUUCCUCCUCCUCCGCCAUACUCUGCAGUCACAGAGAGAGGGAGACGAGAGAAAGAGCGGCCAAAGAUUCGACUGAAGAAAGGAAGGAAGAGCUGAACUAAAUUAGCGGGAGCCACGAGCUAUGAGGGAAGACGACUCCAAUUGGUUCGCUCGAUGGGAAGAUGAGCUUCCCUCGCCGGACAAGCUCAUGCCAAUCACUCAAACCCUAAUCACUCCCGAUCUCGCCCUCGCCUUCGACAUCCGGAAUUCCACCAACUCCUCCGCCGCUGCUGCGGUGGUGGCAGCGGCCAGCAAUUCGCUCCACCAGAAUCAGCCGGUCCCGCCGCCGCCUCCUCCUUUACCGACGUCCAGCGGCUUGCCUUCUCCCAACCACAACAACGGGAAUCCUUCUCUGGCGACUUCGCAGCACAACUUGUCCGAGUUCGCCGCCAAAUCCUCGGCGGAGCUGGGGUCCGGCACCGGGGGCAACGAGUCGGCCCGGACGUUGAAGCGGCCGAGGCUGGUGUGGACGCCGCAGCUGCAUAAGAGGUUCGUGGACGCCGUCGCGCACCUGGGGAUCAAGAACGCGGUGCCCAAGACGAUAAUGCAGCUCAUGAGUGUGGACGGGUUGACUAGGGAGAAUGUCGCCAGUCAUUUGCAGAAGUUCCGGCUCUACCUCAAGCGGAUGCAGGGGCUGUCUUCCGGCGGCGGAGGAGGUGGUGGGGUUGGGUCAUGGGUUGGGUUGGUUUUAAUGAUGUGGCGGGUUAAAAUGAUGUGGCGGGUCAGGUUUUAUUUUUGUUGGGUUAUAUCCGGCUGAUUAGGCAAUUCUGUUUGCCACAUCAGCACUUAACGGACUUCAUUAACGGAGUUGGACGGAGACUAACGGCGAGUGACUAAAUGCGUCCAAUUUUA